AGAAAGAGAUAAUGAGAAAAUGAAAUAAGUACGGAAACAAUAAAUGCGUAUUUCCCAGUUAGUAAUUGUUGUGCUAAUCAGCUGCAAAUAUUCCGGUCCCGAUUCGUAAAUUUGGAUUUGUAAAUAUAGUUCGUCAAUAUUUUCCACACCGAGAAACUUGCUUAAGGAAUAUAAACAGCAGUUUUAAUAUUUAGAAGAACAGCAACACCAACAACAUCAAUAGAAAAAAAACGUAACGGAAAGAAGGGAAAUAUUACAUGUUGAAAUAUCAAUAUACAUUCGUACUAACACAGUCACACGAACAUUUAGAUUAUAAACCUCGGCUCGCGCGCAUGUGUGUGUGUGUGUGAGCGAGUAAGUAUGCGUUGGUACGUAUUUUUUCCCACUUAUGCGGUGUUUGUUACCAUGAAGACGGAUCUUAGAAAAUCUCAACGAAAUUUACAUAUACUUGGCUUUAUGAAAACAAAUGUGAAAUCAUAGAACGUAAUAUAUACAUAUAUUUUAUUUUUGCACCUGAACUUAUUACCAACAUUAAGUUAUGGAAAUUAUGGCUGCCACUGAACUAUCAACGAAACUACCAAAGACCGACCAGGAAUAUCUGCUGACCUUGGAAACAGAUGUUAAUGGUACAUUCAAUACUACUUAUGAUAAUGGUAUUCUGUAUGAAGUACCAACUGGACUCGUUGUAAUUUUGGCCAUGCUCUAUGGCGCGAUUUCCAUUCUCGCGGUACUUGGCAACGGACUGGUAAUUUUAGUAAUCGUCAAGAAUAAAAGAAUGCAGACAGUUACUAAUCUUUUCAUAUCAAACUUGGCUGUUGCUGAUGUAAUAACUGGCAUGUUUGCAAUACCCUUCCAGUUCCAGGCAGCAUUAUUACAACAAUGGAUCUUUGCCCAUUUCCUUUGUUCACUUGCUCCUUUUGUUCUAACAAUGUCAGUGUCCGUUUCAGUCUUAACUCUAACAGUCAUUGCAGUUGAUCGAUAUUUUGCUGUUCUUCAUCCACUCAAGCAGCGAUUUACAAAACGCACUGCUGUUAUUUUGGUCACCGCUAUAUGGAUAAUAUGUUCGACUUCUAGUUUGCCUGAAGCAUUGUUUCGUAAAGUAAUUCCCAUUUACCCCAAACCCCUUGUUUUCUGUACCACUGACUGGCCAACUCAUCCACCAAACUUUGCUAAAGCUUAUCACUUAUAUCUCUUAUUUGCACAGUAUUUGCUUCCGUUGGUAAUCAUCAGUUUUGCCUAUCUACGUAUUGGUUGCCAUAUUUGGAUGUUAGAAAAUCCUGGCAUUGCCGUUAACAACCAGAAUGACAUACGCUCAAGAAAUAAACGAAAAGUCGUCAAAAUGUUGCUGGUUGUCGUAUGUCUUUUCGUUAUUUGCUGGAUGCCUCUGCAAACAUACAACUUGUUAUCUGAAAUAUGGAGACCAAUUAACGACUAUAAAUAUAUCAACAUAAUUUGGUUUUGCUUCAACUGGCUGGCAAUGAGUAACUCGUGUUACAAUCCAUUUAUUUAUGGUCUUCUAAACGAAAAAUUCAAGAGAGAAUUUCUUCAGCUCUGCAAAGUAUGUUGGAGAAGAAGAACUAAAAGGGACAUGAUGACGCUUGAAUAUUUAGACAGCGUACAGCAUACAGGAAAAUUCAGCAUUGCUGCUAAUGGCAACAGAAGCAGGUUGCUCCAUGAAAGAUCCUGUCAGACUCGCUAUACUUCUGUUGAAACCGACUAUACAGAACAAAGCAUGGUAUGAAAUGUAAUUCAAAUGAAAGAAAAGCACACAACUAUGAACUGAAAAAUAUUCGCUAAAAGACACCCGAUAAAGUAUUCGCUACAAUACAUCUGGACACAAAAUUAAACAUUUAUACUUGUCGUGGCAUAAUUAGCAAAUUGAAUUUUAUUUAGAAUACCUCAAUAAUUUGAUACGAAUAAUAAACCUACAAAUUGUACAAAUAAGUAAAGUAAUUACAGCUAAAAAUAAACUAAUAAGUAUGUGAUUACAAUAAGAAUUGGAUUGGAUUAAAUUUCAAUAAAACAAGAUUAAUUUAAAGUAAAUCAUAAAAAAAGAAAUAAAAACUUAGAAAAAGAAAGAAAUUAGUGGUCGAUUAGUACAAUAUUGAAUGGUUAUACGAAUGAACUAUUUGACUUCGAAAUGGAACGCGAACAACGCAAUUUAUUCAUAUAUCUAAGAAUGCAAGUAACACCUUCAUCACUGCCCUUUUUAUCCAAACAUCUGCGCAAUAGAAAAUCUAGUUCCUAAAUCGCUUUCAAAUUAUUGCAGCAGUUUUUCUGAAUUGGCUUUUCUUUAGUUAUAUAAUGAACCAACGCUUAAUGAUAUCAGAGACUAAAAGGUAGGCUAUACCUUAAAUCUUCAAAUACUCGGUCGAUGUUCUGUCGUAUUUCAGUACAUGAUACAUUAUAACUUGUAACUCACUUCAUCUGCUUGUUUAAUUGAUACUUGCGUUAAACUUGCAUCCUAUCCAUGUUCUUCGACACGGCGGGGCUAUAACCGAAAGUAAAUAGUAUUAACGCAUAAUUUUCCUAGUUUAAUUGCUUCUUAUACUGGGUCAUGUUCUUUCUUAAAUUUCCAAUGUGUGAUAUAUUUUAUUUUCAAUUGUUGAUUACCUGUUCAUGGUCAAUGUAUUUAGUUGAAUUUAUUCAGUUAUUGAAACUAAAACGUUAUACACUUCUGGCGGAAUGAAACAUUUUCUUCGUGUACACUCCAGAAUAUAUUUAUAUGUAUAUACGUAUGCAUGUUCCUGUGCCCAAGUAUACAUAUAUGCAUGCAUGAAAAUGUAUAUUUUUGUGUAUAUUGGUGAUGGUGGUAGUAGUAGUAGUAGUAGUAGUAGUAGUAGUAGUAGUAGUAGUAAUAGUAGUAGUAGUAGUAGUAGUAGUAGUAGUAUUGAUUAAAAAAACAAACAGGUUUCACAUUAAGUUCUCCGCCAAUUGCAUGGCUGGCAUGAAUGACGAUGGUAAGAGGUUCGAGUUAACCUUAGCUCUGAAAACCCAGAUGGUACAAUGGUGGAAGGAAUUUAUAUAAAGAGAACAGGUAAGGGACGUGAUGUGAGAGAGAUGUUUAUUCCAUACAUUUACAGCUGUUUCAUAAUAUCAAUACACAUAUGUUUGUAUAUGUAUGUAACAUACAUACACAAACAUAUAUAAAUAAAUAUAUAUGCGUGUGUAUACCCAUAUACAGAAGGAUACAGAUAUGAGAACCAAUAAAAUAAUCUUCAAAACGAUAUAUGGUGGUUGAAAAUAUCAAUUUUACUACAAAGAGACCAUAUCCACAGGCAAUAGAUGUACUCAUCGUGUUGCUAUAUGUGAUUUACUUUACGGGAUCAAUGGCUAUAGAACAAUACAUAUUAAGAGGUAAAAUAUAUAAAUACAGAAAAAUAUAUAAAUACAG